AUGUUGGUGGAGAUCAUAACUUUCUUCUUUUCUCCAAUUUUGACGAUUUUUGACCCUAUACUUUCUUGGCUUACCGAUGCGUUCACUUCGCAAAAAACACAACGCGCGGCAGUAAAAUCGAUCAUUAUCGGGAUUGUAACUUUGGUAUUGCUUGCAAUCGCUUUUUUCGCAUACUUGGGCUUUUACAUGCUUUACGUGCCUAAGAUUGCUCAUGUGAAAGAAAUAUAUUUACAAUACGACAAAGGUCAAAAUCUGAUUAGCGAAGUUGAUUUUACCGAAGGCGGACAAUAUCGUAGAAUUCUGACAUCGGAUCAAGCUUACGAUGUCUCAAUUGAUCUGGACGUUCCUGCUUCAGAAACGAAUAUUAAAUUGGGGAAUUUCAUGGUCGGUCUAGAGUUAUGGUCAGACGUCUUGAAUGACACGGUUGCAAAAUCUAACCGUCCUUGUAUACUUAUGUAUCAAUCGCGUCUACUUCGGAUAUCUUCUACUGUAUGGCGAUUGGUUCCCCUAAUAUUAGGAUUUUCGAAAGAAUAUCAAGUAUUAAAAAUUCCAAUGCUAGAAAAUAUUGUGGAAAGAAGUGACGCACCAAUAACAAAGGCAUUCAUUUCUAUUUCGAACAAAUAUCUUAACACAUAUAACGCCAAAAUUCGGUUGGAUGCUCACUUCACGGGCUUACGUUACUUCAUGUACUACUAUCCAACGUCUGCGACCAUGUCAUUUGUUUUAUUGUUUCUUACCUGGGAAAUAUUUUCCUCAAUCAUCGCGUGGAAAGCGAUUGUUUCUCAGUGGCCGGACAAUACACCAGAAGCUAGUGACACAACCAUUCCAAAGAGAAUAUCCGCCGGUCUUGGUUCUGAGGGUAGUGGCCAAGGUUCAACCGGUCUAAAUCUGGGUGAUGAUAAUAGGGUGAGGCCUCGGCAAAACGAUGCAAUUGAGGGAUCAGAGAUUGAUAGGGGAUUGACAACAGAACAAGAAAGUGAAUAUGAAUCGUCACAACCUGGAGGCAUGAUAUCACCUAAUAUCGAGACUGUUGAUCAUUCCGAUUCACCGACGGAUUCGGAUGCACAUAGCGCAGCAGAUGAAAGUGCUACUGAAAAUGAUGACGAGGAAGAACAAGAGGAAAAUAAUACACCAACACAAAGUCGAAGAAGUACUGUAUCGGACGUGUCAGAACUUACUUCUGGUGAUUCUGGAAAUGAAGAGGGCUCUAUCAUUGGUGCUUCAACGAGUAGAUCAUCGGUUGGUAACACAAGAGCGUAUAGACGAAACGGCUCGGGCGUCGGUGCUACUGGAGAAAGUUACGAUGACCAGUAA